CUCUAUUGUCCGGGUCAAAAGAUAGAAUCGUCGAUUUUCUUUCUUGUUUUUGCUGGGACUCCUUUUUUGAACGUAUAUUUAUUUCAUCCCACCAACUCGUUGUAUACAAUAACCCGUCGCCAUGGCCGUCGCCUCAGAAGAAAAGACCUUCCGCUCCUACACUCACGAACAAGGCGCAACCUACGCCCAGAACCGCCGCGGCUACCAUCCUAACCUGUACAAGACCAUCCUCAACCACCACACGUCCACCGGCGGCCAGCUCACCACCGUCCUCGAUGUCGGCUGCGGUCCAGGCACCGCCAUCCGCGAGCUCGCAUCGCACUUCACUCAUGCCGUCGGUCUUGACCCCUCUGAAGGGAUGAUCAGCACCGCCCGGUCCCUUGGCGGUGUCUCGUCCACUUCCGAACCCGUCCGCUUCGAGGUCUCCACGGCCGAAGAUCUCGGCUCCCAGCUCUCGUCGCCCAUCCCGGACUCUAGCGUCGACCUCAUCACCGCCGCCACGGCCGCCCACUGGUUCGACAUGUCGCGCUUCUGGCCGCGCGCCGCCCAGCUCCUCAAGCCCGGCGGCACCGUCGCCCUGUGGACCGGCAGCCCCAGGUACGCCCACUCGUCCAUGCCCAACCACGCCGCCAUCCAGGCCGCCCUGAACGAGUUCGAAGACCAGCAUCUGAAGCCCUACAUGGAGCCGGGCAACCUGCUCGGCCGGAAUCUGUACAUCGAUCUCCCCCUCCCCUGGACCCUAGCACAGCCGGUCCCGGAUUUCGACGAGACCACUUUCUACCGGAAAGAGUGGAACAAUGACGCUAGCGCCGAGGGCGACGAGUUCUUCGUAGGCAAGCAGACGGUCACGUUGGAUCUGGACACGCUCGAGAAGAUGCUGGGGACUGCGAGCCCCGUGACGCGGUGGCGGGAGGCGCAUCCGGAUGCGGUCGGUACUGAGCGGGAUGUGGUAAGGAUGAUAAGGAGGGAGAUUGAGCGGCUGUUGCAUGAGGGGGGCGUGGAGAAGGGCAAGGAGAUGGUGACGGGAGGUGUAGCGGGGGUGUUGUUGAUGGUGAAAAAGAGGGCGUAGAGAAAGAGGAGCGCUAAAGGUCGAAU